AAUUAUCGAUAAGCAGACCAAAACACAAGUCGAUUGCGCCAACGAUACUGCUGCUUCAGGCGAGAGGAAUUUGUUAUUGCGACUUCAGGGGAAAUAAUAAUUAUACAAGUUUUGGCAUAUAGAUAAUUGGCAUCCACCAAACAUCUCCCCCACUACGCCCCACCACAUCGCUUGAUGGAAUCGCUGAGCACUUCUCUUUUCAUUUAAUUUCUUUUGUGCACUGAUAAAUCGUUGUGACCUUCGAAGGAGCGUGUCUCAGCAUUUAUUUUCAUUGUCAGCCGAGCGGGAAAAAAUCAAUGGAGGACCUUACGCCUCUAACCAACCUUCAACAGGUAGAAACACCCACACACGUAAAUCCACAUGCGCAUGCCAAAUUUUUAGUUCCAAGUUUUAUUGUUUAUUCAUCUGCCUGAAACCGCAACCACAACAAUUCCAACCGCAAUCUCUAUUUGGCAUUUCUCUAAUUUGCCAAUAAUUUUAUAAUUCCGAGGGUGCGCCGCGCAAGAAAAAGAUGUCGGAACGCCAGCCACUUCUGCUUCAGAGCGACGCCUCCGACUAUGAGGGCAGCCGGGGAUCGGCGGUGAGACCCGUGCGUAGCUCUCCGCCGGACAACACCUUGGUAAACGUGCACAGCGAGGAUAGUCUAGCUGUGCACGCAGCUGCCUCUGGAUCUGGAGACGAUGAAAACGGAUCUUUGGACAAGUCCGGCUACAAUCCAACCCAUCACCGCACCCUGGAACAUCCGACGUCUAAUUUCGAUACUCUGGUACAUCUGCUGAAGGGCAACAUAGGCACAGGGAUCCUGGCCAUGCCAGACGCCUUCAAGAACGCCGGUCUAUAUGUGGGACUCGUUGGCACCAUGAUCAUGGGAGCCAUUUGCACCCACUGCAUGCAUAUGCUGGUCAACUGCUCCCACGAGCUGUGCCGGCGACUUCAGCAACCUUCCCUGGAUUUUUCCGAGGUGGCCUACAGCAGCUUUGAAACUGGGCCGAUCGGUCUGAGGCGGUAUUCGUCACUGGCCAGGCGUAUUAUCACCACGUUCCUUUUCAUAACCCAGAUCGGAUUCUGUUGCGUCUACUUUCUCUUUGUGGCUUUAAAUCUAAAGGACGUAAUUGACCAUUACUACGUAAUUAAUUACCGCAUAUACUUGGUACUCUUACUAAUGCCUAUGAUUGUGCUGAAUUUGGUGAGGAAUCUCAAGUACCUGACGCCCGUUUCGCUCAUAGCCUCUAUUCUCACGGUGGUUGGGCUGGCCAUUACCUUCUCGUAUAUGCUCCACGAUUUGCCGGAUGUGCACACGGUCAAGCCGUUCGCCAGUUGGGCCACGCUUCCGCUCUACUUUGGAACAGCUAUAUAUGCUUUCGAAGGAAUCGGCGUUGUGCUGCCGCUGGAGAACAAUAUGCGAACACCAGAGGACUUCAGUGGACCUACGGGUGUACUUAACACGGGCAUGGUUAUUGUGGCAUGCCUCUACACCUCUGUCGGUUUCUUUGGCUACCUGAAGUACGGGGAUGCAGUCAAGGGCAGCAUUACCCUCAAUCUGCCUCAAGGCGAUACCUUGUCCCAGUUGGUGAAAAUAAUGAUGGCUGUGGCCAUUUUCCUCUCGUAUACGCUUCAGUUUUACGUUCCCGUCAAUAUUGUAGAGCCUUUUGUGUGCAGCCACUUCGAUACUCAGCGUGGCAAGAACACGGCUGCAACACUCCUGCGAAUCAUCCUUGUCACCUUUACCUUCCUGCUGGCCACCUGCAUUCCGAAUCUGGGCGCUAUUAUUUCGUUGGUGGGUGCCGUGAGCAGUUCAGCAUUGGCGCUUAUUGCUCCGCCAAUAAUCGAAAUAUUUACCUUUUAUAACGUUGGAUACGGCCGAUAUAAAUGGAUGCUGUGGAAGGAUAUUGCCAUUAUGAUUUUCGGCCUUUGUGGGUUUGUUUUCGGCACUUGGGUCAGUUUGUUGGACAUCUUCAAAAAACACACAGACUAAAGUCCCAACGAAGACAAACGAACAUACAGGAUGGCUUAUUCUGCCUACAAAUGUGUGCGAAUUUAUGAUUGAAGGCUUUAUCUAGUUUUCCCUGUUCCAAGAUGGUUCUUUUCAGUGGCGGUGCUCAAUAGUUUAGAUUAUUUUUUUCUUGGCGAAUAAGUUGUAUUUUUUUGUACGUUCGAUUAGCUGCAAUUUGUACCAGACAAUAACUAGCAUUUUAAGUAGAAAGUUUUACGUUAUGUUUUGAUUAGUAAUGUGAGUUGGAGAUUCAUUCUGUGUUAACUCGAGGACCGCACAAUGCCAAACGUGAUUUUGCGUAGUAUUCUUAAAUAAAUUAUUGUUUAGAUUUUACUAUGUAGACUAGGGGGGUCAGGGCUGAUCAUUCCAAAGCAAUGGCAAAGAAUAUCCCAAAUACCGAUGUUAGCUAAAGUUAUCUGCAUACUUUUAUCGUUCUUGUAUUUGUAAUUAUGAAUAUUAUAUACUCCUUAUACACUUAUUGGAACCCCAAUCUCGACCUCUGAUAGUGUAUAUAUAUUUUUACAUCUAAUUCGAUGUAUCAACAAAUGUUCUUUAAUUGUUUAUCGAGUAACAAAAGACAAUAAUUAAUAUAAUGUUUAUAAAAAUCAA